CCUUGAGCAGAUGACUAAUGACUGUAAGUGAUUCUGGAGGUGGGAAUCGUUUCUCGGAAAAAUAUUAAAAGUGCCUCUUGGGUUUCAGAAUGCAGAAUUCGAAGAGCGUUCUGAAUACGCAUAUUAUGGACAUUGGUUGUUCAGCUGACACGCGAAGAACUGUGGUUUAUACGGGUUCAGCUUGUCACAGUUAAAUACAAAGAGCGGCGAAUAUCAGAAGACACGCUUCAAGCAGCGUUACCAAGAGACUUGUGGUAAAUCAUAUUUCGGAUAACACAUCGUUUUGACAUUCUGCAUUCCGUGUAAGAAAAAGAAGGUUGAAACGAAUCGGACGGUUUCACUGAAAGAAAAACAUCGUUCCAGUCACCUGCCUAGAGACUGUAAACAGAAACGCUGCAGGAACCAAUCACCAGGUUUUCAUUGGAGGCAAUAAUAUCAUAUCACAGAGUUGCCAGGAAAACUGAUAUAAUCUCAGCUCGAAGCAACUGACUGGGUGGUACUGGGAGGCUCAGAUUAAAUUAGAUUUAUUGUUUCAUUCUUGACAAAUAUAAAAUCGGAGAAACGCCAACCUGAAAAUUUUAGAGGCGCAGCAGAGAUAACGCAAAGAAGGGGGUCGUGUCGCAAUACACUUGUUCAGGUAUGCAACCGCUGACUUCCUAACAGUAGUACGAGGGCACAGUCUUCUUCACGGAGUGGAAAGAAAAAAACUUCCAGGACCAUGUAAUAUCCAGAGUCUCGUUUGGAUGUUAUGUGGUUUUCACGCAACUAGAUUCAACGUGACUGCAAGACACCAACUCGAGGCUGAAGUCUGGAUGCUGGAAAAGUCAUCUGACAGUGGAAUAGUUGUGCGUCGGAUAAAGAGGGUGUAUGAAGUUGGAUGCCAUUUUCAACGAAAAAUAUGGCUUCAGUGCUCGGGUUGACGUGACUUCUGGACCUGAUUUUCUGUGGACACAUCGUAACCCUUGCAAAGACUGACCUUGUGGCUGUAUUGAUCGCUUAGAUCAUUACACACAUUUAAAUCAUGAAAAAAGUUUUGAGUGGAUAUUAAUCUUAAAAGUAGAUAUAAAGCAGAAGAACGGAAACCUCAAGUUGCAGUCAUACUCCACUGUUUCUAAGAGUCUAGGGUGGGUCGACGGGACAUUUGAAAAUGUCGGCAGAAAAGAGAACACUGAACUUCAUAAUUUAACUCAACUAUUGCGUUACCUCAGCGCAGAGAAUAGCAUCACUUCAUUGAGAAGCAACACAUCCCUCAGAGAUGAGAGGAUUGUUUUAAGUAUUUGUUUCACCCCUGAAAGAAUACCUCACUAUGGUGCUGUUUGACGUCACAGAGAGCAGUGCUACCAGCAUCACUCCGAUAGGGGUCGCUGUUGGCAAUGGUACCGUGGAGGGCACGGGCAGUCCUUUCCAAAUGGACAAACCAAUGAUGAUCGUUACUCUCGUUCUACUGGGAUUCCUCAGCGUGUUUGGCACCGUUGGCAACGCGCUGAUCCUGAUCGUUUAUUGCCGAAAGCGGGAAAAGUUGACGGCCAACUUGUUCAUCCUUGCCCUGGCAUUUAUUGACUUUAUAACAUGCCUGUUCAUCAUCCCGUCGACGAUCUACUUUGAGUUUGUGGAGUUCAGCGUGAACUCUGACAUUGCCUGCAAGCUCUACCAAUUCUUUACCACGUCGACGAUUCCGCUAUCGGCCUUCGUAAUGGUCGCCAUUGCUUUCGACCGCUACUUCUGCAUCUGUCAUCCAUUUCUACGCGCAAUCAACCUCUUCAGGGCCAAAGUGAUCGUCAUAGUGUUGGCAAUAAUGGCCACGAUGCUGGGGGUGGUCGUAGCAAUGUGUUACGGUGUCUACCGCGUGGAAACAACCGCGGUGCUCGACAGCCCUCCCCGGGUGGCACCUAUCGAUGCACCCAGUCUUAGCCCGAUGGACCCAAGGUUGAAGCCGUACUACACCCCUGUAGUGUUGAACAGCACUCAGUUCUACGAGCUCACAUUCCCGCCAACAGAGGCCCUCGACACCGUAGAUAACGAGACCAUUGCUCAAAUGGAGGCCCUCAACGGGUCGCUUUUUAUUGACCGUAUAGUGUUCAACGGCCGCUGCGAUCCUGAUGACAGAAUUAUUCUGAAAAGUGGCCGACUUUUGUACCAGUACAUCCACGCGUCCAUGUUUAUCAUGUCACUGGUGAUUGUCAUUGUCCUCUACGCUCUGAUCUACCGGACGGUCGUCAUACGGAGACGCAAGAGGGAGAGACAGAAGAGUUCUUACCUGAGGAAGAGCAGCAUGAACCCGCCCACUGAACCGGAAGCGGAAGACUACGAAACCGACUGCGUAGAGCUUAAAGCUUCUUCGAACGAGAAUGGGAACGCAGCUUCUCACGGCGCCAUGGCAACUAUGGCGUCCAUCAACGCAACGACCAAUAAUAACGAGCAAACAACAACUACGGCGUUGCUGAAACCUGAGGCGGCGGUGCAGGCUUUAGGAAAGAAAAUACCAAAAAAGGGAUCAAAGAAUAGAUCCCCCAAGCGCAAUCGCCCCAAGGACAAACUUUACUUGGCAAAUAUCAAGACGGCGGCCAUGUUGUUUGUGGUGACUGUGGUGUUUGCUGUCACCUUCCUCCCGGCUGCCCUUAUGGCCAAUGAAGUCAUUGACUACGUGGGUCUUAUAUUCUAUCUCUAUUUUGUCAACAAUGUGGCAAAUCCCAUAAUAUACGGAUUCAUGAAUCAAAACUUUAGGGACGAUCUCAAAGCCCUAUUUGGUUGUGCCUAGGUUCAAUAAUCAUAUACAUUACCAUCGGGGACGAUCUCAGUACACGGCGUUGCUGUGUGAGGUUUUAAAGACAGAGGCAACCCCGUGCAGACGCGAGUAAACCCUAUGCGUUGAUACUUAACGUUUUGCAGAGGAAUCGUGAACAGAUAUGAUUCGACGGCCUCCACGGACAAGUAAGCAUUUAGAAUAAUUGUUUGCGACUUGAUGGACAUUUGAGCUGCUCCCCUAUUAGCCCUGCCCUAGUAUUCUACAUUGGUUACUGCGAACGCUUUAACUCUAGAUCACUGAAUGAUUGCAUUCACGGCUCUCCGUGAGUAACGAGAUACAUAUGGUGUAAAGGACUGUUCAGUUUUAGGUUUUACACCAAUGCAACCGGAGGGACAUCUUUUUCAAGCGCCACCUAUGGAGCGAACACCUCGUGAACGGGUCGCCUGCGUCUUAAAGACAGAACAGAAAAAAUAACUCUUGGUAUUGUAUAGCUACCUUGUACCUCCAUCAAGAGGCAAAGACUUUCUAACAACUUGACAGAAAAAAUGACAUAUAUUCUAAGAAGAGGUGCGAAGCACAAACAAACAUUCAAACACGCAUGCACGUAAAUGCAUGACAGACACUUUUUACUGUAUUUGCAUUGAUUUGGGAAGGUAUGGUAUGGUAUGGUAUGGUAGAUAUCACAGACUAGGGGAGCCUGCACGGGGUAGGGGUAAUGUUGCAAUAGUGAGGGAAAUGUAACAAAAUGUCCGAUAAAGUGGAUGUCCUUAUAGUUCAGGACAGGUCGUUAUUAUUGCAGCGAGUUGGAUAUUUGAACAUCCUCAUUUUAUAUGAAUUGAGCAUAGUAAUUAAUAUUUAUUGAUAUUUAUAUCGUCUCUGGUACGGCUUUGUCAUAACGGUUUAAACACCAUAAAUUGUGUGUGGUUUCAAUUUGUGUAGUUCGUGACAGUAAAUAAGAUGUUCACAUUAUAGACGCUAUUUACUCCAGACGUGGCGACGACAACCAUGUGCAAUACCCUGACCUCAGUGCGUGAACUUAAACCAUUUUAUCUGGAGAAAGUAUCUCACUUGUUUUAGUAAAGUAUUAGUAUGGAGACCAUUAUUACAUCACAUUCGGUGUGAUACUGUGAAAAGUAAGUGAAACGCAGGUAUGUGACGCUGCAAGUGCGACCUCAUAUUUCAGUAUCAAAAUGGCGGUAUGACGUAACCCCUCCUCCAACCCCCCCCCCCAAAUAAAAGGGAAGAUACCAUAUUGAGCUGUCAAAAAGUAUAUAUGACAGGUGUUUAUGAGGCAAGUCGAGUUUGAGGUUGUAAGAGGCAAAUGCCAUUAUACUUUGUCGCCAUGUUUUAGGGUUGGGAGUAUUCUAGUGAUGACCUCAACAUUAAUUUGUGUGCCAUUACAAGGAAUGUCACGCUUCAUCCAGAAUUUUCAAAAUGCAGCUACUGUAUAAAGUUACUGUGCACCAGGUGAAAAGUCAUGUCGAGUUAUGAGUCCAGUGGAUGGCAAACGAUUCUGUGGAAGCAGUAUUAUGUUAUAUUGUAAACGUAAGCUUCUGUAGUUGAAAUGUGCGUUUUUCAUCUUCUUACAUAGCUUCAUUGUACACAUUCGCAGUCGCGACGUUGUGUGUAGCAGAUUCUGAAGCCAUAUGAUACGAUAACAACACAAAGACAUACUUAUGCGAUAAGAUGACCUCCAGUUUAAAUAAUGAUAAUAAUAAUAAUUGCUGUCAAUAGCAAUAGCUUUUUACUCAUUAAAAUUAACAUAUCUGGUCUGUUUCAGCAACGGUUUGGCUUUUUUGUUUUUCUUCUGUUCUAUAGUGCUAGAAUUGCCUCGGUGACAAUUCCAGAGAAUUGGUUAUUCAAACCUAAUCGGUCAGACGUAAGCUGAACUCUUACACAAACCUGAAACUUUACGCUUUUACGGCAUUCAGAAAUGAAACUUCAUAUUUCUGUUUUGAUUUUAUGUCAGUAGUAAUCCAAAAAAGGAAGCACGCACCAGCAAAACGAGAGAGAAAUUGGUGUGGUUUCGGGUAAUUAGCUGAACUCUUACAGAAACUGGAAACUUUACGCUCUUACGGCAUUCAGAAUUGAAACUUCAUAUUUCUGUUUUGAUUUUAUGUCAGUAGUAUUCCAGAGAAGGAAACACGCACCUGUAAAACGAGAGAGUUAUUGGUGUGGAUUCGGGUAAUUGACUGAGAUGUUUGCGUAUAACUGUGAAUUCAUCUUGAUUCAAAACAAAAACUUUUUAUAAAAACGUAUAGACCGAGUGUCGAUCUUAAGUCGUUUUGUACAAUCGUUCCCAGAUCGUGUAUUUCAGUUAGUCGAAGGAAGUUGCUAAAUCAUUCUCUCGACUUUUGUAAACGUUGGUCAUAUUUUUUUUUCUGUAUGGAAUAAGCAUUAUUGAUUUAGACCCGGAUUGCGUGUCACAAGUUGUCAAAUAUGUCAUUAAGAGAACAAUGAAAGGGUCAUGAAAAAGUCAAGACUCAAAUGAAUCCUAUCAGAGCUUUAUAGAGAGACACACCAGUGGGCAUACAGUAGCAUAAAUAGCGUAUUAGCGGGUUACAAAUUAGUUUCAUUCUAAGGUUGCCUUCAACGAAACGCCAAGUGCAGUUGUUGUCUGCGAGAUAUGAUCCUUGAGAACAUUGCUUGAAUAACAUUCCUACAUGUAGCUGGGCAUCGCCAUGCUUGCACUACGUUAUAUGUUGAUAGUAUGCUUAGAUUCUGUUACCUUUAAAGGUGAAGGAAAACUAAUAGGUUUUAUUCACAAUUGGUUGUAUUUGGAGAACAUUCCCAAAGGUUAAAACAAAGAAGCAAAAACAUUUCUACCAAAAAAAAAAUCUGCAAAACAAAGAUUUAAAAAACUUCUGAAAUCUGAUGAAAACGCGUGCUUAUCAAAAAGGUAUAUUUUGUUAUCACGAUCCAAUGCUGGGAACGGUCUUAAUGUGGCUUUUUGUGACCAGAUCCAUGUUGACAACAUGACCGGUCCUGUAGUGCAAAAAGUGCAAUAAACAAUUCUUCAGAAACAAACUGUAUACUUUAAAUGUUUUGUAGUAUUUUUUGUAAUACACUGAUAUUUACAGGAUACAUAUAUCAGAGCAGUUUGAUAUACUAAGGUCGAAAUGUAGGUAAUGUGACAUCACGUGACCGUCUCGUAAUUAAUAUGUAAGAAUAUUGUGUUUUUAUCUGGCGUAGAUUUACCGAAGUAAAAGUAGGUUUUGUCUAUCGUCAGCAUUAUAGUGUUCUACAUAAUACGCAUAAUUCCUUGUCUUAAAAUAAUGUGAAACCAAAAAAAACAGAGCGGAUGACAGCUUUGUGAGACGGACUACGGUAAAAAAUUCCGCCAGGUAAAAUUUACUUUAAAUACUUGUCAAAAAGUUUAUAUUCAAAUGUAUUUUAAAUUAAUUUUGUUUCAAUGACCAAAAAAAGAAAAGGGGGCGGAAUAGAAUACAAAUAUAUUCGAAUGAUGAUGAAUAUAGAACGAUGAAAUAUGAUUAGAUAAAAACUUAUUUCGGUUAAUAUUUACCCAGAGAAGGUUGUUUAACUCUCACUGCGCAUGCUCGUGACAGUAUGUACGUCACCUCUAUUGUAUAAAGUUUGUAAAACUUUGUCUUCGCCAUAUGAUAAAAAUGUAAAUAAUGCACUAAUUAAAGGUUUGGGGGCGUCUGUACCCUCCUUGUAUAGUUUAUUUAGUAUUUAUUGUGAUAUAUAUGAAUUUGUUUCAAUAAAACA